AUGGUAUGCAAGACACACAUUGUUAAGUGCAAUGUCUAUGAGCUACAGUCUCCACUCCACAAAUAUCAUCAGUCUGGAGACCUCAUUAUUGGAGGCAUCGCUUCUCAGGCUCACUUCACCGCCAAUCCAAUACGUUUUGUUGCAAAACCUCCACCAGCAUUGCUUGAAGAACUUGUUGUAGUGCCUAAGAAUUACCAGCACAUCCUGGCCUUUGCAUUUGCAGUGAAGGAGAUCAAUGAAAACUCUCAGAUCUUACCCAAUCUUACAUUGGGUUUCCACAUCUAUGACAGCUAUGUCAAUGCAAGGAGGACAUAUCAUGCCACAAUGCUGCUUUUAUCCACACUGGAGAAAUUUGUCCCCAACUACAGAUGUGACAUGCAGAAUAAUCUAAUUGCAGUCAUUGGUGGGCUGGAUGCCGAAACCUCCUAUCAUGUGGCAACUAUCUUGGAUAUCUAUAAAAUUCCACAGCUCCUAUAUGGCUCUGCUCCAGUAAUGAAUGAUAAAACUCCAGGCCUUUCCUUCUACCAGGUAGCUCCUCAGAAACCCCAGCAUGGUGUCUGCUUUGCCUUCCUGGAAAAAAUGCCCAAAUUUACUUUUGCCACCGAAGGUUAUGACAUGCUGGAACAGGGUACAAAGAUACAUGAGAAAGUGAUGAGCAGCAGAGCCAAUGUAGUGCUGGCCUAUGGAGAAUCUUAUUCCAUGGCAUUUUUCUUAUGGCUUCCAUAUCUAUCAGAACUUGAAUACGUGAAAACUAAACCCAGAGGUAGAGUGUGGAUAACAACAGCCCAGCUAGAGUUCAGUUCACUGGUGUUCCAAAAGACUUGGGAUACAAAAAUAUUCCACGGCGCUUUGGCUUUUGCAAUUCAUUCAAAUGAUGAACCAAGAUUUCAUCAAUUUGUUAAGAGCAGAAAGCCCUCCAGCACAACAGAAGAUGGUUUUAUCAGGGACUUCUGGCAACAGGCUUUUGCCUGCGUUUUCCCAAAUCCAGAUGAGGGUGAUGCAGAGGAGGAUGUUUGCACUGAGGAAGAGCAGCUGGAGAGCCUUCCUGGAUCUUUUUUUGAAAAAAGCAUGACGGGCCACAGCUAUAGCAUCUACAAUGCUGUCUAUGCUGUGGCCCAUGCUUUACAUGCCAUGUCCUUAUCUGGAGUCAAAUACAGAGCAGUGUUAAAUGCUAAAGGACAGGAGCUUCAGAAACAAAAGCUAUGGAAGUUCCAUCAUUUUCUGAAAAAUGUCUCAUUUAACAGUAGUGCUGGAGACAAGGUUUCUUUCAACCACAAUGGGGAACUAAUAGCUGGGUUUGAUAUUAUCAACUUGAUUGUUUCUUCAAACCAGUCCUUUCACAGAGUGAAAGUUGGGAGGAUGGGUCCUCAGGGUCCUCCAGAACAAGCAUUUUCCAUCACUGAGGAUGCCAUAACAUGGCACAACUGGUUUAACCAGACACGGCCUGUCUCUCUUUGUACUGGGAGUUGCCAUCCUGGUUCUAACCAGAAAAUGAAGGAGGGGGAGCCAUUUUGCUGUUAUGAUUGCACCCCAUGUCCAGAGGGGAAGAUUUCAGAGCACAAAGACAUGCAUGACUGCCAUAAAUGUGCAGAGAAAGAUUAUCCAAGCAAGAAUCAAGAUUUCUGCAUACCGAAAACUGUAACAUUUUUGACUCAUGAAGAACCUUUAGGCAUGAGUUUAAUAUCUCUUGCGCUUUCCUUUGCUUUGACCACAGUUUUGGUGGUAGGAACAUUUAUGAAGCACCACAACACCCCCAUUGUCAUUGCCAACAACAGGGGUCUCACCUACACUCUCCUCAUCUCCCUCCUGCUCUGCUUCCUUUCUGCUUUGUUGUUUAUUGGAAAGCCACAGAAGGUGACCUGUCUCCUCCGACAAACUGCUUUUGGCAUCAUCUUCUCAGUGGCUGUAUCUUGUGUGCUGGCAAAAACCAUCAUAGUGGUUCUGGCUUUCAUGGCCACCAAGCCAGGAUCUAAGAUGAGGAAGUGGGUGGGGAAGAGGCUAGCCAACUCCAUUGUCCUUUUCUGCUCUUUUGUUCAGGCAGUCAUUUGUAUUGUGUGGUGGGCAACUGCUCCGCCAUUCCCACAUAUUGAUAUGAGUUCAAUGACUUAUGAAAUUGUGUUAGAAUGUAAUGAGGGCUCAGCUUCAAUGUUUUGCUGUGUCCUGAGCUACAUGGGCUUUCUGGCUGUUGUGAGCUUCACUGUGGCAUUCCUUGCCAGGAAGUUGCCUGAUAGUUUCAAUGAAGCCAAAUUCAUCACUUUUAGCAUGUUGGUCUUUUGCAGUGUUUGGUUGUCAUUUGUUCCAACCUACCUGAGCACCAAGGGAAAAUACAUGGUCGCUGUGGAGAUCUUUUCUAUUUUAGCCUCUAGUGCUGGGUUGCUGGGUUUCAUCUUUUUCCCUAAAUAUUAUAUAAUUGUGCUAAAGCCUGAAUUGAACAUCAGGGAACAGCUGAUAAGGAAAAAAAGGUAG